AUGGAAACGAGUGCGAGACAGCCGAACUUCUCUCAGGAGGAAACUGAUGCUCUGGUCCGGGAGGUCCAGUCUCGCAGUGGCCGGAUAUACGGUCACGCGAACAGACCUCCACGGGUCGAUGAUGCAAAAGCAGCCUGGGAAGAGGUAAGUGCUGCUGUCAAUCAAGUUUGCCCGGACGUGCUGAGAACCGCUGCGCAAUGCAAAAAGCGGUUCAAUGAUGUUAGACGACGGGCUAAACUUAAAUUAUCCCAACACCGUCGCCAGACUGCAACGACCGGAGGCGGCCCCUCAACGAGUGUGGUGCUGAGCCCUGCGGAGGACGUGGCGUCCUCCACACUCCCCAAAAUUAGUAUCGAGGGGUUUGGUGUCUCUGAGGUUGGACUCACGGGUAAGACAAACAUUCUUUUCCACAAAUAAAGACACUAACAUGUAUAUUUAACCACGUGUUACUAAGGUGUGUUGUGUGCACAGGUGAUCUGAAAAAAUGCCAUGCGUAAUGGGAUUGAAAUCGGAACCACCUGUGCGUAAAGACGGAUCAAACAAAGCCUGAUUGUAUUUUCUCCCCCUUUCCGCUAAUGUUUGCAUCUGAAAUGAACUUUGCUCACACAAUUUCUAACUUCUUUAUUCUAAAUGAAAGUAUUAACAUUUUUAAAAAAAGAAUUUCUGUGAUUUACUAAAAUAAAAUUUCUGGUCAGCCUCGGCAGAAUUGCCGCCGUCGCGGCAGCAGCACACCACAAGGGAGGAGGAGGAGGAGGAGGAGGAGGAGGAAGAACAGCAGCAGCAGGUGGUCGGGGGGGAGGAGAAGGAGGGAGAGGACGAAGACGACCGCGAGGAGGAGGACCAGGGGGAGCCGGAGCCGGUGCCGGAGACGCGUGAGGGGGCAGGACGUGGAGAGGAGCCGGCAACACGGGGUCGGAGACGAAACCGCGUUCAGCGGGAGGACCAGCCCUUCCUGGACACCCAGCGGGCUGGUUUUCUGAUGUUGGAGAGGGAGCUGGGGUCGAUGGGGACGCGGCUUGGGUCGCUGGAGGCCCAGGUGAAGGCUCUCCAGGAGGUCCUCCAGGCCAGCCUGCUCCCCUUAGCCGCUGGCGUUGCGACACUGCAGCGGCUGGUCCAGGUAGCCGAAAGGCUGCUGCCACCAGCAGAAUCAUCCGCCCCCGCCUGUCCCAGGUGGCCGCUGAGGCCGCGCACAAGAGGGGGGCGGCCCCCUGGGUUGACUGACCGACUGCAGCGUCCAGACCCAAGAGGAGGAGGAGGAGGAGGAGGAAGAAGAAGAAGGGGGGUUGGGAGGGGAAAAACACAAUAAAAACACUUGUUAAUGCAAUCAUGUUUGACUAUUUAUUGGAUGUUUUAAUGUGGAUAAUUACAAAAAGUGUAUAAAUGAAUGAAAGCAAAUACUCACACUUAAGGGCAGAGCUGUGCUGCGAGGCGGUCCCUCCUCACCUGCGCGCUCUGCUGCUCUCCCUGCUGACAUGGCACAUGCAAUUCGGCCUCUCUCUGUCUAAAGUCCAGUAAUGUGUCCUCGGCGAGGUCGUAGUGGCAUCCAUGGCGUAUAGCUAAGUUGUGUAAAACACAACAUGCCACAAAGAAUGCACCGACACUCUGCGGGCUGUAUGUUAAUGAACCACCUGACCGGUCCAGACAUCUGAAACGCAUUUUGAGGAUUCCAAAAGUACGUUCAAUGACUGACCUAGCACUGCUGAAGACACUGUUAAAAACACGUUGCUGUCUUGUUGAAGGUGUAAUGUAUGGCGUCAUCAACCACGUUUUCAGUGGAUAGCCGUUAUCACCUAGCAGCCACCCAUCCAGAGGGGUGUCCCCCUGAAAGACUGUAGGGAUGAUAGAAUUCGCCAGGAUGAAUGAAUCAUGUGCAGGUAAUUAGCGUACACGUUUGUCACCAGGCAAUUUGAGUCACAAAUCACCUGGAUAUUAAUGGAGUGGACUCCCUUACGAUUCACAUAAAUGAGGGCUUGGGUCUCUGGUGCGCGCAACUGCACAUGUGUGCAGUCAAUUGCUCCAAGGACCCCAGGGAAUCCAUAUUUCAACAAGAACCCUCGCUUCGUUUCCAGCUGGCUUGCAGGUGAUGAUGGGAAAAUGAUGUGCUCAUUUGCGUGUCGGACUAGACUGGUGGACACUGCAUGUAUGGCCAAACUGACAGCGGCCUGACUUAUCCCUACCACCGAAGCCACGGUAUGCUGGAAAGACCCGGUGGCGAAGAAAGUCAGAGCCGCUGUCACCCUCACAGCAAGUGGGAGAGCGCAUGGGCCACCGGGGUCCGCAUCUGAGGCCACAAUCCGUGUGAUCGCGUGGACCACCUCACGAGGCAGGUGUAAUUUGGUCCUGUGUCAAGGAAAAUAGUAGAUUGUUAAAAGGCAGUUGUAUUGAACACGGUGUUGGAGGCGUUAUCCAUGUGGCCCACCUGCAUUCCUGCUCUGUUAAGGUUAAAUAUGAUGCCCUGUGAUGAAUCACCCUCUCUCUGUAAUUUCUCCUCCUCCUCCUCCACCUCCUUGCAAUUAUGUACUCCAUCUUUGUAGAUAAAGUUAAGCAUGGAAAUUAUUAAAUUUGUAGCUGUGAGAUCACAUGCUGCAUGUAAAUCUUGAGAACAACGGUCAUAACUUACUUUGCUUCAGUGUGCGUUGAUUCUUUUCUCAGUGUUCUGAGAUGACAUGCCAAAUAUAUACUCUCUCUGUGAUGACGAAGCUGUUUGUGGUUGGUAGAGAGACGUGAAGUAGUUAGUUUGCAUCAGAGUUUCAGCUGUGUUACUCGGUCAGGUGGAGUGGCAAUUAGGCGUGCCAAACGCGCUCCUAUAGAUAUACAUCAAAAUGUACUGUAGAUCUAAAUGUAUGUGCUGCAUAUAUUUAAAUCCCAUAUGACAAAGAUGAGUUGUGCGCACAGAUCACACCAUAAAUUCCAAUAAUGGCAUUAAAAUCACAACCAUCUGUGCGUAAUGACGCAUCAUGCUCCUUGGCCUCAUGGCUCUCUCUUUCAUAGAUGUUGGCAUAUAAAAUAAAUUUGGUUCACAAAACUAAAUAUUAUAAUAUUCGUAUGUAGGCUUAAAGUAAAUAACUCAUCUGAGCACUGAAACAAAUCAUCCGUUCAGCCGCCGCCGCACAGAGAGAGGACACAGACACAUAUCCAGGUCGAGCUGUGCGAGAAAUAAGAGGAAGAGGAAGAAAGAAAAGGAGGGAGACAAAUUAAAUAUCUAGUUAACUUCAUCAUUUGUGUUUAUUUACUAGAUAUUUAAUUUAAUUUAAUGCGGUCUCAGCUGUGUUGAUUCGGUCAGGUUGUGUGUCCAAACGCGUGCCAAACGCGCUCAUCAGAUCAGAUAUAGAUCAGAAUAUAUCUAUAUAGAUCUAAAUGUAUGUGCUGACUCAGAUUAAUAGUUGAUGAUGAUUAUUUAUUGCACUGAAAUCUGCCUGACACUGUGGAAACCUGCCGGUGAGGCAUCAGUGACGUAUGUCGAUACGCCGCCGGUCUACCAAAAUACUACAAGACCAGCUGCGUUCCGCCUUGCGCUGAAAGCUGACCAGGUUUGAAUCGGCGAGCUUUCAGCGCACUUUACACGCCGUUGGCGAGCACGAAAAUGUCACUGCGCCUGCUGAUUCUGUCAACACCUCCCCCUGCCACGCCACCACGCCCAGCUUGGCGGAUCUCGGCUCGCCUCCGUGCGGCUCAUGCCACGAAAAUACCAAAUUGGCCUUACGCUGGGCUCCGCCAGACGAAAAUACAACUGCGCGGGGCUCGCCGCCCUCCGCCGCCUCACCGGCGCGGACGAAAAUAGAGCCCUUAGUCUCCUGGUCCCAGAGGCUAUGAUCUGAACUGAAUCCUGAAUCGUUCAGCUGUGUAUCAGUUCAGGAAGUCGGAGUCGCAGGCUCCUCUCGCCAAGCACUGAAUGAUUUGGUGAUUCAGUGAACAAAUCUUUUUGGUGAACUGAUUCUAGUGAUUCAGUACAUCUAAAAGAACUGCCAUGCCUAUCACAACCACCUCAGUCUACCAAAAUACCAAAUAUGGCCUUGGUCUUCAACACUCUAUUACAGUCUUGGUCCAUAACUUCCAUAAGUUCAUAACAGUCUGAGUCUUAAACUCUCUUACUCUUCAUAACAGGCCUAGUCUAUAGACAAUUUCACGCGCCGAAGUGUAGGGCGGCGCCAUCGUACACAGCGCCACCUGAAGUUGAUGUUUGUCACUUCCCGCCUGUCGUAAACAAAGCAGAUAGGAGGAGGAAGCUAGGAGCGUAGCUAUGCCCGUGAAAUGGGAACACAGUGGCUGCACUUUAAGUGGGGGUGGCAUAACGAUCCCGCACCCAGAUUCGUUGCGCGCCUGGGAGGACAAUAUGUCGAUCUGGCCGAGUGUUACCUACAGUAAGAUUUGCGCUUACUUUGUAGAAUCCAUGGCAAUCGAUGGCAAAGCCAGGGAAAACCUCAAAGCCUCCGAAGCGUACCAAUAUCUACACAGCGGCAAAGUCGGAUGUGUACUAGCAUACAAACAUGAUGGCUUUGUUUAUCUGAAAGCAAGCGUCGAGCCCAGCCAGUGUUUGAAUAAUUCUCCGCAUAGCGCCUGGGUGCUGCUCAACGAAAAUGGGGAUGUGCAGACCGCUGGUUGUACAUGUGUUGCUGGACCGGGACGAUCAUGUAGUCAUGCGGCUGCGAUUAUGUGGAAGGUAAGCACAAGCUAAACAUUGCUUGUUAAGUAAGAUAAGUAACAAUAGUCUUUUUAGCCUUGAUUGAAAAGAGCUAUCAGUUUGAGAUUUCUGGCUUGAAAUAGCAUAAGAUAAUAGAGUGUAAUAUGUCUAUGGGUGCUGAUAAUACAAAUGGAUUUUAUUUCCAAAGAGCAUUUCUGUAACCUAGUGAACUGUAAAUGAACAGGCUGUGUGUGAUAUAGAAUUAUGGAAAUCUGUGAACUCAUUUUAAUAUGUGUGAUCUGUGUUCUUCAUAUUCUUAUAGGUGGAAAAUGCUGUGAGGCAGGGGAAAACAGGACUUGCUUGCACAGACAGACAGAACAAGUGGAAUGCUGGUUCACAAAGAAAUGCAGGUCAAAGGAAGAUGAAAGAUGUACAAUUCAAACAACACUACAGGCAGAAAAUCUACCAGCCAUCGACAACAAUGCAAUCCUCUACCACAACAUCCUCUACCACUACAAAUUCAAGACAGGAAGCCCGACUCUUUGGGACUCGUGAAGAGUGGAGGAAGCAUGUACUAGCUUCACCGAUGGCAGGACUUUUUACAUGCCCGGGUAGUAGCCUCCUGCAACUCUGCCUUGAUGCGGAUCCCUCUCCCAUGACACCACAAUCUCCACCACUCCACAAUUUGUCCCAUGAUGACCACCACACACCACUGUCUUGUCGAAAAUGCAGAACCUUCUAUGAUGACUACGUAAACAUGCCCACAGCCCAGCUGGAGAACACUGAGAAGCUUACAAAAGCACAAAGCAAAGUACAGGUAUGUUGGAUCAAUAACAUACAAUGGUUUUGUCCUCACAGAUAUAUGAAAAUAUGUUUUGCAGGUGUAAAGAAAUUUUUUUAAAUUUUUUUUUCAUCCCUUACAGCUCUGGCAUGAUAUGCGUAGAGUGCGCAUUACAGCAAGCACAGCUAGAAAAGUGCCAAUUCGCUCAACCACCUCACCUGAGAAGUUUUUAUCAGAGCAUCUAUAUCCAACCUUCCAUGGCAAUGCUGCAACACACCAUGGAGCAGUGAGUGAGGAACACGCAAGGCAAUUUACAAUACACAAGGCCAUACCAUCGAAAACAAAGGCCUUGUGGUGUGCCCAGCCGAACCAUGGCUCGCAGCAAGUCCAGACGGAGUGAUGAAAAAAGAGAUGCUGCUGGAGAUCAAAUCACCUGUGCUGGGGAAGAAGUCGCUCAGAGAGGCACUGGCUACGAAGAAUGCUGAAGUCACACCCCUAGCCGACGGACAUUACCUCCUUGCCUCCAAUGGUCCUAAAGGCUACUACAUGCAGGUGCAACUGGGCAUGCACUGCACAGGGCUUCCACGUGCAUUGUUGGUGAUCUGGAACAACACUGAACACAUAGAAAUCCAAGUACCUUAUGACAAACACUUCCUUCAGAGGCAUAUUACAAGGCUGCGCACAUUCUACUUCACUCACAUGCUUCCUAAAAUCGUUGAUGAUUUUGUCAAGGGGCGCUUACAGUUGUGCAAUACAUAUCUCACUCUUAAAUAA